AUGGAUGCGCUGACUCCAUGGAGGAUUGUAAUACUGGGGAAAACUGGAGCUGGGAAGAGCAGCCUGGCUAACACCCUAUUGGGGGCAGAUGUGUUCAACAUAAGCCAUUCUUCCAUCACCGACACGAGUCGUUCUCGUGCCGAAACCAAAUCUGUCAACGGGAGAAGCAUCAAAUUGAUCGACACUCGCAGUUUUUUUGACACAAGUGGGUCUGAGGCAAUGCUCAAGGCUGAGAUAGUGAGUUGCAUCACCGAGUGCGCUCCUGGGCCUCACGCCUUUCUCAUUGUGCUUAAAGUGGAGAAAUUCACACAGCAAGAGAAGGACGUCAUUGAUAAAAUAUGCCAAGAUUUCUCUGAGGAAGCUCUCAAAUACACCACAGUCGUCUUCACUCAUGGUGACGAGCUCUCGGAAGGAACGACAAUCGAGGAGUUUGUGAGUGAGAAUAGAGAUCUGAGUGCUCUGGUGAAGAAGUGCGGAGGCCGCUGCCACGUGUUCGAUACUAAAUACUGGAAGAACAGCGGAGAGGACGACUACAGAAGUAACCAGUUGCAGGUGGCAAAGCUGCUCGACACACUGGGCGAGAUGAUCGAGGCAAACCACGGAAGCUGCUACACCAAUGAGAUGCUACGAGCAGUGAAACAAGAAAUAAAGAGAGAGGAAGAGCUCAUCAGGCAGUCAUCAGGGAAUAUGUCACAGGAAGUGAUGAGCAACAAAGCUAAAGAUACUGUUUUUAACAGGUUACUGAUCAGAGUUGCAAGUACUGCAACAGGUGCGUUGUUGGGAGCUUUGCUUGGUGUGGGAAAGAUGGUCGCAGCAAUUGUUUGCCAGGAUGUUCCAGAUGCAACAUCCCUACUAUCAAAAGUAAAAGAAGUGGCUGCAACGGCUGCUUUAAGUGGGGUAGUAACGGGCGUUGAGAUAGGAUACGAUGCAGCGGAAGGAGCAGUAAGUCCAGGGGAAGCCAUAAAUAAGACACUGAAGGGUCUGUGGAAGUAA